AUGCCCAUUCAGCAAAACAACUUUUCUAGCCCUCGGCUGGGGCUGAAUAUGGAUGCCUCCCGAGAGACUCCUUCCACUGAUGGCCAUGCAAGUGAUAUAGUUACAGAAAGAUUCCUGGUUGAGUCCAAGGAGUCCAUAGCUCACACUCAGCUCAGUUGCAGCACACAGCACUGUGCCUUCCCUCUAGAUGGGAACCAGCUCUGUGUGUGGAGCCCCAGGGGUCCUUCUCACCAGCUUUUUGGCUAUUUGGGGGUGACACGUGUAACUGCUGACUUACAGGGGAUGCACAUUCUUAGUACACAACGCCAAGGAAUUUCCCAAGUGACUGUGCAAGUCUUUGUCUUUGCAGAGAUGACUCCGCAAGGGACUGUCCUGAGCACCUUUUCAGAAACUGUGCUGUGUUUGAGAUUUAGUCUGGAUGAUGGCGCUGUUGCAGUGUGUUCUGGAAACAAAAUAUCCAUACUGGAUGUGGAGAAGCAAUCUGUACUAGUGGAGCUGCAGGGCCACCACGGCCCUGUAAUGGCAGUGGGGUUCUGUCCCUGGCAAGUACACAUCCUCAUCUCUGUGUCUGAAGACAGAAGCUUUAAGGUCUGGGACCAUUUUGUGGGAUCAUUAAUAUACAGUUCAUCCAUCUUAACAGCAUAUCCUCUCCUGAGUUUAUUUAUUCAUGAGGAAAACCAGAAGCUGGUUACUGGGUCUGCUGAUGGCCAGCUGUGGAUCUUCAGUUUGACAGAGAGACGUCACUACCACCAUGUGGCACAUGUGGACCUAAUGAAGAAACGUGAGACUUUAUCCACCCGAAGUUUGAAGGCUGUACCGUGUAGCCUGCCAGGUCCCACCUCCACCUCCAGCUCCUCACCUGUAUUCUUCACCUCACAGAUCCUACCUCCACCUCCACCUCCAGCGCCUCAUAUGCUCUGCUCCUGCUUGUCCACAGUUCCCUACAUCUCUGUUCACCUGUCAUUGGUCACCAAAAGUCUGUAUAUGGAGAGGUUGAUUGAGAUGGAAGAGAGCUCAGAAAUGCAAGCUCUGCAUUGCCGGGCCAGGGAACAGAGCACUCCCUGCAGAUUUUCUUUGGAGUAUGCCAAAUGCCUGUGGAUUGGAAGCUCGACUGCUUUAUUCAUAUUUAACUUGGCAAACUUUGAAUUGGAAGCUGCUUUACAUUUCAAGCCUUGCUCUCCCUGUGUGGUGGUACUCUGGCUCAUGUCUGGAUUCCCCCAAGCUGAAUGUGUAACAAAGGACCCAUCUCUUUCCCUGUUGUGUCCCCAGUUGUGGGCUGUGCUUAGUGUGUUGGUGGCACUUAAACAAAUGAGUCAGCUUCUUAUUUUUCUUUACUUACCUCUUAAGCAUUGUCUAUUUGUCUUUGAUGAAAAUCAAGAUUUUCAGAACCUGAGUGUCCAAGUUGGUGGGUCCUGCACAGUGAUGAGUGAGGCCACCAGCUCCAAGGCAAUGUGGAUACUCACCUCCAUGUUUGGGAAUAAGAUUGCUGUGUUAGAAAUCAGCCUGACUACUCUGCUGAACUCUCAGAGAUGCCCUGGUCCAGGGAAGAUACUCUCCGUGCUGGCUGGUUCCUGUGUCCUACCAUCUUCUCCACUGUAUUUUGGAAUGGUUAAGGGAAAAUGUCUUAAACCUGCUAAUGUAAAAGGCCCUGCUGUGAAGAGCAUCAUGGUGGACCAGCCUCUGGUUUUCCACACUAAAGUUAGGUCAUCUGGUUAUACAUCCGCACCACAUGUAACUAUGUUUUCACCAAAGACUAACAUGAAGUACAGUAACAACAGAUCUUCAGAACGCAAGAACAGUUAUAAAUGUGACAAAUACUGUUUGGAGAGUUUCCUGCCCCACAAGCUCAGCAGGCAGGUUGCUAUGGCCCAGGAGCCCGUGGCAAUGAACUGUCUGCAGUUCUCAGGUGAAGGUCGGCGGUUGGCCUGUGGCUUAGCCAAUCAUCUUUUCCUGGUCUUUGGUGCUGGUCUUUUUGGAACACCUGCCACUUUUUCAGGUCACAAUGGAGUUGUGAGCACUGUCUGCUGGAGCCAUGACAAGAAGUGGUUGCUGUCUGUAGGCUGGGACCAGACACUGAGGGUGUGGUCAGUUCGUAGGAUGGAGCUCACGUUGCUUUUGGGCCCAGAGUCGCUCCCCAAACAGGCACCAUCUGCACAGCUCUACCACACGGACACUUUCAUACUGUUGUCCUCCGGCCCUGAGUUCCGGCUGCUAAAGUGCCCCCUUGAGCCCUGCAGGGUGACAUUCGAAGGUAGGUAUAAACCAAAGAGCAGGUGCAAGUCUGUUUUUAGGCUCCCGAUGACCAGUGGGUCAGAUGUGACCAGUCUGUCAGCAGUAAAUGACUUUUACUCCUACAUGGUUCUCACAGCUGGCCAGGACAGGACUAUGGGAAUUUUUUAUCUCAAUGCUGGCUGAAGUGCUACUGUGAUAGCAGAAGCCCAUACACGGCCUGUCCAUCAAAUCUGUCAAAAUAAGGGAUCAUCAUUCACGACUUAACAGUCCCUAGCAUAUAAUCUUUUCCUGACCACAGCCAUUGGUGAUGGGAUUCACCUGUGGGACUUGAGGACCUUGAGGCUUACAUGUAUGAAAUGGGCUCAAGCAGCUUUCUGCACUGUCUGGCAGGACACACAGACACAGUUACUGGAGUGGCCUUCAAACCUGUCACUCCUAAGGGCCCAGAAGAGGGAGACAGGCAAUGGGCUGCAGCCAGGCUGGGGCCAGCUCAUAGAAGAGGAAUACAUGGACAUGGCAGGCCGACCCUCCACUGAGACCGACUCUGAACGUGUGACCCACACACCUACCACCAAGAAGUUUUUCAGAUAUGUGGAGGGUCAGUGUGGAUGGAGGCGAAAUGAGGAAGGUGCAUUGCUACUUCUGACAAACGACGCCCAUGACUGCAGAGUUCACCACAGAAGAGGAGGAAAAAGUACCCAAGAGCAGCAGCUACUGUGGGAGCGUGAUCUCCUCUGCAGAGGUGGCUCAGUGUCGGCCACCACGCUGCUGAGCACAUGCAAUAUUGCUUCUGGCUUCAGAUCUUAUGCCAAGUGCAACUCCUCUCUCUCUGAUAACAGCCCACAUUUCAUAGAGCGGGAGCCAGCAUGGGGCCACCAGUGCGUAAGGCCCCUGCUGGAGGAGGCUGUGGAGGACUCUGGUUGUGCAGUGCGGUGUGUAGACGUGCAGCUGCUAAAGAGUGAGACAGCGAAGGGCGAUCUUGGUGACCUGUACACGUGGUAUCAGAUUUGCUCAUUCUGCAUGCCUGCGUUCAUCCCUGCUCACUUGACGCUGCCCCCAUUCACUGUCAUGCGCUCAUCUAACAACUGCUAUGGCUGCUCAUGA